CUUAAACUCUUACACCUGUAGCCGAACAGGAUGUUAUUCCGGGCCUCUCAGGUACCUGCUUCGGCAUUUAAUCACAUGAAAUCCGGCGCUUCGACGGUUGUUGAUGCGGAUAUGGCGCAAACAGACAAAUAACGCAACAAAACAGCGUGUCUGUGCAUCACGAUGACCACAGCAGAAAUCUUCAUUUUAUAGUUGUUUCGUUUAAUCCAAAUCUUAAUUUUAUAGACGAAAAAUGAGGGAUCUAAAGAGUUUAUACUUGUGCUCAUAUGUCAUUGUUUGUAUGUUUUUAACUGGCUGUUUGAGUCGCUCCAGCUCAGGUAACGUGGCUUUUCUCGACGCACCAGAUUCGCCAGUCUCCAAGUGUCCUUUACGCGUUCAGUUCAGCUGUUUUCAGCCGUCAGUGGUGCACGUUCAGGUUCUGGUCACUUUUGAUACUGGAUCCACCUCAGUUGUUUUUCACAAACACUGGAACUGCGAGCCGGGACGACCCAGAACCCGAGUGGUAUUCGUGGGGUUUCCUGACUGGAUUGUGUACCGUCCUGACCGGGUAAUCCGCGGUUCUGAUUGGGCGCUCAGCUGUUUGUUGCGCGGUUGGAUCGGCCCAGAUGAAACCUCCGGGCCGGACAGGUUUUUUGGAGCCAGUGUGUCGAUUCCUCUCAACAUUCAGUCACCACUGAGUCGACCCUUAAAACAACACCAGCUUUGUGCCAACUGGGACACAGAUCUGCUCUGGAGAUUCAGGAGGGACACGCCACAGUGCGCCCAAGAAAAUGAGGCGGCUUCUCUUCUGUCCACAUUGUAUGCCUCUACCGGUGAGCGUUAUGGCAUCAUCAAAACCCUCCAGCCAUUCAGCAAUCCAGUUCUGGAAGGGCAGAGACUCAAAUCCAUCCAUUAUCCCUGGUGUGCAGUUUCACUUUGGCUUUUGCUGGUGAAGCCGUGCAGUAACCGGUUUUGUGGACUUCUGCACCACAUCGACGCUGAGAACAACUACGCCUCUCCUACAGUGUUCCUGACUGAGUCUGGUAAGAUCCAUGUCCAGGUUCAUGGAGAUGCUGGACGUUCAUCUGCGUUCCUGUCAGCUUUCAAAGUUCCUCUUUAUCAGUGGUGUCGAAUCAACCUGGAGAUUCUGGGACGAAUGGUCAAAAUAUCUAUUGCAUGUAUUGAAGGACAGGAGAAAUUUGUGCAAUCGGCUGAACACACAUUUGGCAUGAACAUCAUGUUGGAUGACACGCAUGGAUAUUUUGUGAUUGGUGGAGGUAAAUUCAUACAGGGCGUUGAAGGAUAUUAUGGACCGGUUACAUACUAUCGCACGCAGGGGCUCUCAGCUGACCGGGCUGAGAUUCACCUUCCUCAUGUAUUAUCAAAAGUCAAUAUAACCGGCUGGUUCCAGUCUUGUCAGAACUUCAGAUCAGAACUUGAGCUCUUUUCCUCUCUCACUGGAAGGAGACCUUCAGACUGCUGUUUAGACCCAUACACUGAGCUGCUACUGAAUCACAGCACAGUGAACUCAACAGAGCAGCUCAUGCUCUUCCAAUCAUCAGCUGAUCCUUAUAGAAGAGCAGUUGUACAGAUGACUAAACAACUCGCACAGAAAUCUGGCAGGCUGAAUGAAACAACAGUGGGUCGGAAACUGUAUGCUCUAGUCCUCCGUAGGAUCAGCAGAGCUCACAAUACGAAGGUUUUCACCAGGGUGAUGCCUUUGCUGCUUCAGUCUGGCUGUUUGGGAGAUUAUAGAGCAUUACAUCUGUCUUCAGUGCUCUACAGCACUGGAUUCACAGACAAGAGACAAACCUACAAGGCUUGGCUGUUGGCUCUGUUGGCAGCUCAGAAAGACUGGAGACUGGCACUCAUGCGUUUAGGCCACAUGCAUCAUGUUGGUGAUCUGGAAGUGACCGCUGAUCGUGACCUUUCCUAUGCCUAUUACAUUAACAUUGCAAGACAAACCAGCGUGGAUCAGAAGAAUCCCUCUGCACAGCAAACAUUUGUUGAGGUUGUACGUCUAAAUGAUGAAGAGACCCUGAAGGCUCAAACCAGUGAAAAUGAUGAUCUGUUUCACUGGCUGAAGCUGCAGGCACGAAGUGGAGUGGCUGAAGCAGAGCAAGCAAUGGGUCGUAUGCUAUUCUGGGGUCAGCAAGGAUUGUCCCCUGACAUUCAGACAGCAGUGAAGCAUUAUGAGAGAGGAGCCAUCAAACUCAAUGACCCUGUUUCCAUGUAUGACUACGCCAUUGUGCUCCUGACAGGUCAAGGAGUUCAGAAAGAUGUUCGCAAAGCUGUUACGUUCCUUAAGAAAGCUAUAGAACAGGGGUCUGUUCCCGCUCUCACCGCUCUGGGCUGGUACUAUGAGCAGUAUGAGAAGGAUUACGAGAAGGCUGUACAUCUGUGGGAAGAAGCUGAUGCUAAAGGUCAUGCAGACGCUGCCAUGAAUCUGGGCGUAUUCCACUCACAGGGUCUUUAUCCUGGACAGCCUGCAGACCCGUUCAAAGGGUAUAAGUAUUUUCUGAAGUCAGCUCAGAGAGGACUUUUAUCUGGUGGCAUUGAAUUGGCUGAUAUCUGGAUUCAUGGACUCCCUGGUCAAGUUGCUCGACGUCCAUCAGACGCUGUUCUGUGGGUUAAAUGGGCGUCUGAACAGAAUGGGCAUCUGGGAAGAGUCUUACGGAAAGGACUGAAUGCUUAUUUCAGAGGAAACUGGAUGAUGUCUUUGAUUUAUUAUGUGAUGGCUGCAGAGAGUGGUUUUGAAGCGGCUCAGUUUAAUGUAGCGUACCUGUGUGAACUCAACUCCGUCUCUCUGGAUCCUGCACUUGCCACUCGCUGCAUGUUAAGAUAUUAUAAUAUGUCAAUACAAGCUCAAGAUCCAGUUCCUUAUGCUUUGAUCCGGACAGGAGAUCUGAUCUAUGGAGAAAACCAGCAUUCUGAAGCAGCACAGAUGUACAAGCGAGCAGCUCUCAGGAAUGAACCACAGGGCUGGUAUAAUCUGGGUCUGCUCGUCCAGAAUGGAGCGUCUCUGCCCUUUAGUGUCCUUUCUGAGCUUCAUUUACUGCACCUUCACCUAAGAGACAGACAGAAGCUUCUUUGCGCCCUCUUCCAGAGAUGUAGAGAAACCAACAGCACUGAUGCAUACUUGCCCUGCACACUGGCUCUGUUCAGCGCACACCUACAGUCUUUACAACUACAUCAGGACAUCGCUAUAAAGCUCCUUGCCACCGUUUCAGCCGCUGUUGGGACUUUAUCUUUUCUAUUCGGACUCUUUAAAUGGAGGACGACAACUUUUCAGCAAACAUCAGCAUCCAGACAGAACCAACAACAACAGGAGGACGACUAAUGAAGAAAACCACUAGUUAACUUAUUUUAAAUCAUCACAAAUCUUUAAGGUUUCCCUCUUUAUGAAAAGCGCUUGUUUACAAUACUAUUUAAAUUAGGAAAUCUUAUUAUUUUAGCCCUGACUUUGAGAAAUUGUGCAUUUUGUAUUCCUCAAUGCACAAUGUCAUUUUAAAGCAUAGCAUCAUUUUACAUUAAACUGAAUGUUGUUUUAAUAUAACGGA